UUUUUUUAAAUAAAAUUAAACUUUAUUUAAUAACAAUGGCUGAAAAUAAAUCCUUAAAUAGUCUUAUAAUCCACCCGGAUAUAGAACCAGGCGUAAUAGACAAUGAAAUGCUUACACGCUGCAUAUUGGAGUAUGGACCAACGGAGGAAGCGGGAAGGCUAUUCGCAGAGGAAGGUGUCCAUCUAGACGAAGCUCCCAUAGUUCGUUUAGAAUUCCAAAAUAUUUUGCGAAUCGACCAUCUCUGGAUGCUGAAAUCACUAAAGAAGUUAACCUUAGCACAUAACUUGAUAGAGAAAAUUGAAAAUUUAGACCAAUUGACUGGUCUCAAUGAAUUGGACUUGUCGUUUAACAAAAUAGAAAAAAUUGAAAAUCUCCAAGCACUUGCCAGUCUUGAAGUUCUCACGCUUUUCCAUAACAAGAUAAGAAAACUCGAGAAUAUGGAUACUCUUGAAAAUCUAUUGGUUUUUAGUAUUGGCGACAAUUUCAUUGAAGAUUUCAAGGAGAUGUCAUACCUGAGGCGAUUUCGUAAAUUGCGCUCCGUAAGUUUCAAAGGCAAUCCUUGUUGCGAUGACCCAAUGACUUAUCAGUUUCUGAAAUCAGCGCUCACCAGAGUGACGUAUUUGGACUAUAAACUUGUUAGCGAAGAUGAUAGGGAAACUGGCAGGGCAGUUUUUCGGGGUAUACUCCGCAAAUUAGGUGAGGCAGAUGAGAAGACAGAAAAGGAACGAGUAGCGAGAGAAGAAUACGAAGCCAGAGUCAAGUUCUACGCUCUUUCUUUCGUUGAAUAUUUAAGUGGACCCGAGUUGCUGGAAUCAAUGUUUGAGAAAGAUCCAGAUGGUUCAAUUCUGCUUAAAGUUGGCGGCGAGCUACUUGGAUUCUAUGAACAAUACAAGGAACAGUACGUUGAAACAAUGAUUGGAUUAGUGGAUUUCGCUCAAGAUGCUUAUAACAUGAGGCAAAACGAAAUAAGAUUAUUCAAAGACCUCGUCGACAAUGCGCUGGACGAUAGUGUUAUAAAAAGCAAAGCAGUUGUUGAAGAAUUUGAAGAAAAGAAGAAACCAUUGGUCGGCCAAAUGAAUGAAAUAAUAUUAAAAUUCACUAACAAGCAAGCAACUAUUGAGCAGCUAGAACCUAACAUCAUAGACGUGGGGGAGUCAUUCAACGAUGUCAUCUUCGACUUAUGGAAGAAGCUUAUGAGCAUAGAGAUGACAUUAUACGAGCAAUGCGAGGAGUCCAGAGUUCAAUUCGCAGUGAACAUGACAGAGAUGAUAACUAAGCUGUUAGAAGUUUCCCGCAACGCUUUUGGAGCGUGGCGCGAACAUGAAGGAAUGUGGUCUAUGCGGCAGUUCGAGGCACUGUCCAAAUUACUCGGCAACAAGGUUUUGCUGGGAGAUGCACCGCCUGAACUAUUUGAAGUGAUGAUGGAUAGAGAUCUGAUGAUGAAUCUAGUGGCGCAAUCAUCUGAUAACCAUAUAAGGUUCAUCGACGCGCGGGAAGAUCUGCUCAUGACGCGCGCCAACAACUGGCGAGACGAACUUGUUCAAGGCGCUAAUGAUAACGAAAUAAAACGAAACAGGGAUAGAAUCCUAGAGAUAUACUACUUCAUAGACAACCAGAGAGAGGAGUGGGCGGACAUGCAGAUGAGUAUGACUGAAACCGUGGAUCCGGAAACUGCGGCACUUUUGGGCGACGAUUUUUAA